CAGCAAGCCCCCUCCCUGCUCAGAGCCGCUCCGCCUGCAGCGUCCGCACAGGCCUGGUGGCCGGGCCAUGACCCCCAGCGAGCCCUGCAGCCCCAGCCCGGGGCCGAUGUGGUGGGACUACUCGGGCUCGGGCGCCCUGGAGGAGCUGGAGCCGUGCCCAUCGUGGGAGCUGCCCUAUGGCUACGCCUACAUCCCCGCGCUCUACCUGGUGGCCUUCGCCGUGGGCCUGCUGGGCAACGGCUUCGUGCUGUGGCUGCUGCGCCGGCGGCGCGGGCCGCGGCGGCUGGUGGAUACGUUCGUGCUGCACCUGGCGGCCGCGGACCUGGGCUUCGUGCUCACGCUGCCGCUGUGGGCCGCGGCGGCGGCGCGCGGGGGUCGCUGGCCCUUCGGCGAGGCCCUGUGCAAGCUGAGCAGCUUCGCGCUGGCGGGCACGCGCUGCGCAGGCGCACUGCUGCUGGCCGGCAUGAGCGUGGACCGCUACCUGGCCGUGGUGAAGCUGCUCGAGGCGCGGCCGCUGCGCACCCCGCGCUGCGUGCUGGCCGCGUGCUGCGGCGUCUGGGCCGUGGCGCUGCUGGCCGGCCUGCCCUCCCUGCUCUACCGGCGGCUGCAGCCCGGGCCCGGGGGCGCGGGCAGCCAGUGCGGGGAGGAGCCGUCGGACGCCUUCCAGGGCCUCAGCCUGCUGCUGCUGCUGCUCACCUUCGUGCUACCGCUGCUCGUCACCGUCUUCUGCUACUGGCGCAUCUCGCGCCGCCUGCGCAGGCCGCCGCACGUGGGCCGCGCGCGGAGGAACACGCUGCGCAUCAUCUUCGCCGUGGAGGGCAGCUUCGUGGGCUCCUGGCUGCCCUUCAGCGUCCUGCGGGCCGUCUUCCACCUGGCGCGGCUCCGGGCGCUGCCGCUGGCCUGCCCUCUGCUGCUGGCGCUGCGCUGGGGUCUCACCAUCGCCACCUGUCUGGCUUUCGUCAACAGCUGUGCCAACCCGGUCAUCUACCUCCUGCUGGACCGCUCGUUCCGCGCGCAGGCCCGGCACGGGGUCUGCCGGCGCGCGCGUCGCCAGGUGCGCAGGAUCAGCUCGGCCUCGUCGCUCUCCAGGGACGACAGCUCAGUGUUCUGGGGCCGGACCAAGACGGCGAGCACUACCUCGGCCUCCUGGUAGCCUCCCCAGGGCGACGGAGGUGGGCAGCAGUGGGAUAGAGGU